AUGUCCACGUCGCCUGAAAUCGACGAACCACAACAAUCCCCACGAUUCGAACUAAGAGUAUCAGUUCAUAUCAAUUUUAUACAACAUCAUCGUUCCUCGAAUGAAAAUCACACUCAAAUCAAUUACUGGGAAUUGACACAAGCGCGAAAAUCAAAAUCAUCAAAGAAAACAAUAGUUAAACAUAGUACUAUUCAUAAAACUAUACACAAACACUCUAAUAAACAACCUAUAAAAAUUCCUCAACAGAAUCAAAGACAACCACAACCUAAACCAUAUAAUUACACAUAUCAACUUCUACAAAAUAUACAACCAUUAAAAACUAUUAAAAGGCAAUUAAGAACAAAUAUGAUCAGAGAAGAAUCGCAAUCAUUUAAUACACAACCUAGUUUUCAUAAACCCUAUGAAAGAUUAGAUAAUUAUCAACAAUAUAAUAAUUACUUAAAUGAAGAGGUACCCAAUGAUGAACAAGCUGGAUAUAUAUUACAACUUGGAAAUUAA